GCCACACCUUCACUCCGUCUCCAAACAAGCAGCAGAUAAAAGCUGAGCCAGACAUAAGGGAGUUUCCAGCAGCUAUGGAGUAAAUUAUCUGUGGGACAGAGGGGACAUCAGAUUUCACGGAAACAUGUUAUGGACGCUGGUCUUGCUGCUUAUUGGACUGUUUAUAAUAGUUCUCCUUUACUCAACUCGCACAAGACAGAAAAAUGAGCCACCUCUGGACAAAGGUUCCAUCCCGUGGCUGGGGCACGCGCUUGAGUUUGGAAAAGAUGCUGCAAAGUUUUUGGCCCGGAUGAAAGAGAAACAUGGGGAUAUCUUCACAGUCUGUGUUGCUGGUCAUUACGUGACAGUGCUGCUGGACCCAAAGUCUUUUGAUGCCGUGAUAAACGACACCGAGUUUUUGGACUUCACCCGCAACAGAAACCAGCUACUGAAACGGAUCUUCAGUCUUCAGCUGCCAAGCGUCAAGCCCGCCGCAGAGAGGACAUGGAUGAAACGGCAUUUUCAAGGCCACGGUUUGUCCAAGCUCAGCAGUUCCAUGAACAUUCACCUUCAGAGCCUGCUGCUGAGCGACCACCGAGACUGUGGCCCUUCAAAGUGGAGGCAGGAGGGGCUCUUUAGCCUGUGUUACAGCCUACUCUUCAGGGCUGGAUAUCUUACAUUGUUUGAGAGCACAGACAAUGCUGCUGCGGUCUACAAAGAGUUCCGCAAGUUUGACAAUCUCCUCACCAAAGUAGCCCGCUCCUCACUCAACCGAGGGGAGAGCAAAACAGCCAACUCAUCCCGGGAGCGACUGUGGGAGCUGCUGUCCCAGGGCAGGCUGAGCGGCAGGUCAGAGACGGGCUCCUGGCAGCAGAGCUACCAUCACUUCCUGCAGGAGCAGGGCGUCGAUGCAGAAAUGCAGACAAGGGCUUUACUGCUGCAGCUGUGGACCACACAGUGUAACGCUGGACCCGCUGCCUUUUGGCUCCUCGGCUUCCUGCUCACUCACCCUGAGGCCAUGGAGGCUGUAAGAUCCGAGGUCGGACACCUUAUUUCCCAGGACACUCACCGACAGCAUCCUCCCACCGACCUGCUGGAAGCACACAGCACGCCUGUGCUUGAUAGCGUUCUGAGCGAGACCCUGCGGCUCACCGCUGCAGUAAUGAUCUCCAGAGAAGUGGUGCAGGACAAGACGCUGCACAUGGCCAACGGACAGGAGUACCACCUCAGACAGGGGGACAGAGUUUGUCUGUUCCCCUUCCUCAGCCCUCAAAUGGACCCAGAGAUACACCAAGACCCACAGCUCUUCAAGUACGACCGCUUCUUAAAUGAAGAUAUUACAGUGAAGGAUAAAUUCUACAAGGAUGAAAAAAUAUUGAAGUACUACACCCUGCCUUGGGGCGCAGGGGGAAACAUCUGCAGCGGGAAAGAUUUUGCUGUUCAAACAGUCAAACAAUUUGUGUUCUUGCUCUUGACCCAUCUUGAUAUUGAGACGUGUGACCCGGACGACAAACUGCCGCCAGUAAAUCCCAGUCGCUACGGCUUUGGAAUGCUGCAGCCGGACGGAGAUCUGCAGGUUCGAUAUCGGCUGAAGGAGCCUCUGUAUGAAAUAUGACUUAAUGAAGUGUACAAAUUGCUAAAUUUGAUUGACCAUUUUUGUCGUAUGUACUGUAGCACUAUUUAUUCAGAUAUCAUAUUUAACUUUGUUGUGUGUAUUUUUUUUAUUUUUUUUUAAAAGAAGGAAAAACUAAUUCAACUUGACAUUUCCCAUUUUUGAUAAACUAUAAAUGGCCUCUGUACUUUGGGCUUCAGUUAGUUGAAUAUUUCUAGGUUUUCAAAAUGUGGAAUAAAUCACCUUAGUAACUGCAGCAUCAA